AUGGCUUCAGUUAACGAAUUAAAAGAUGUCCUUAAAGAGACUCUUGAAGAGAAAGGUGUUCUUACUAAAAUAAGAGCUAAAAUUAGAGCAGAAAUAUUUAAUACAUUGAAUGAUCAAGGAACUGAAAAGGCUCCUGUUUCCUCAGAAAAUAUGAUUAUAAAUGAAUUAAUUAGAGAAUAUAUGGAAUUUAAUAAUUAUAAUCACGCACUGUCUGUAUUUAUUCCUGAAACUGGAUAACCCUAGUAGCCUCCAUUUGAUCGUAAUUUUAUAGCUAAAAAACUUAAAAUCAUCGAAGAUAAAAACACAAGAGAUCUACCUCUUUUAUAUGGUAUAGUGUAUGGCGUUAAAAAAAUGGUAACAAAAGAUUUGGUUUAAGAAUCCUAAAAUAAUACAGUUUCAUAAAAGCUUGGAAAAACUUAAUUUGCAGAUGAUUUAAAUGAUAAUGAUACUUCAAAUUUUUAAGGUUAACAAUCUAAAGGUGGAGAUAAUAAACCCCUCUAUUAAAAUAUAUUUAACUGA